AAGCCUGCUCGAGAGUGAGACCUCAAAAUAGAGAUAGCUCAACCACCUUCGCAUGAUGCCGUGCUUGCUACAAGGCCAACUUGCAUGAGCUCUGGUUCAAAUAAUUCUCAGAAAUCAACUACCUCCUCAUGACGCCUUGCUACCCUGCUUUGCUUGCUACAAUUGCCCCGACUCCUGCAUUCCCAAUGCCAUCCGCUCAGCGCCCUCUCAGUCCCCCACGGGAGACCCGGGCAUCGACGCCCUCGUGUCCGUGUUUGCCCAUGAGCUCGCUGAGGCGGCUUCCAACCCUUACCUCUCCACGUGGUACGACAACGAGGGCUACGAAAACGCCGACAAAUGCGCGUGGAAGUAAGCAGCCUUCAGCACACUCUCUCCUGCACACUCUC